CCAAGGACUUCGUUGGGCCCUUCAGACGUUCACAUGGAAGGCGGGUGAUUAUCAAACUGGCCGACCCUGACUGACAUCGCAGGCGUAUAAAAGUGCAGACAGUGAUCUGCCACGAUUCAUUACUUAGCCCGGUACAGCAUCUGGCGCGAUUCUGCCACCUUGACGGUCGUUGCAAACCACCAUGUUCUUCAAAGUAUCGCUUCUGGCUGCCAUUGUUCUCAUACCGAUUGUCUUCGCCGUCCCGUCGAAAGUGGAGACGGCCAAGCGCUCUACUUGCACUGUCGACUCGGUCGACUCUGCGUCUGACCUCUCCGACUGCGACGAUGUCGAAGUUGCUGCAUUCACAGUUGCUGAUGGCGACACUGUGACUAUGAGCUUCAAAGAGAGUGCUUCGGUCACCAUGACCGGGGAGGUGACCUUCGCUAGCACCACUGCGGACGGCCCUCUCAUCACAUUCGAGGGCACGGACAUCACAUUUGAUGGACAGGGCAACACGUUUAAUGGUAACGGUGCAGACUACUGGGAUGGUGAAGGUACAAAUGGCGGUAAAGCUAAACCCCAUCCCUUCAUGAAGAUCAAGGCAUCUGGCACGUUCAAGGACUUCAUUGUACUGAACACUCCCGCGCAAGCCAUUUCCGUCAACAAUGACGACACAUUGACCAUUGAUUCGGUCACCGUGAACAACGCGGCAGGCGACACGGAUGAUCUUGGCCACAACACAGACGGCUUCGACGUUUCGGCGUCCGACGUAACCAUCAGUAACUGCGUUGUCGAGAACCAAGACGAUUGCAUCGCUAUCAACGAAGGCUCCAACAUCGUCUUUGAGGAUAACACUUGCUCCGGCGGUCAUGGCAUGUCCAUCGGCUCCAUUGCCUCCGGCAAGACCGUCUCCAGCGUGACGUUCUCAGGGAAUACAGUCACCAGCUCGCUGUAUGGUAUUCGUAUCAAGGUCGACGCGGAUGCUACCAGCGGCAGUGUGAGCGACGUCACUUAUUCCGGCAAUACGAUUUCCAGCAUCUCCGAAUACGGUGUUCUGAUCACUCAAUCUUACCCGGACAAUGAUGGCACCCCUGGCACCGAUACCACGAUCAGUGACGUCAAAUUCACCGGUAGCAAGAGUUCAAUCACUGUGGACUCUGGCGCGUACAGAGUUACAGUCGACUGCGGCAGCUGCUCAGGCACCUGGGACUGGGAUGAGCUCGACGUCACUGGCGGUGAUGCCGGCACGAUUGAUUCGGAUGACGCCACUAUCGACGGUGGAUCAUAUUGAUUGCAGCUAGUGCACAACUCCUCUUGAAGCCCGUGGCCAUCCAAGGAUGCAUGUCGAGAUCACGAUUAACGAGUUCUUGCAUCCCUACAGUUUGGAUAGGCUGUUCGCGCUC